AUGGGAGGUGACCAUGGCCCCAGCAAGUUGUCCAUGCCUGACUGGCGGCAGUGGAAGACGGAGGGAACUCCCUUGGAGUUUACACAGCAGAGGUUGGCAGCCAGGGGCCUCAAAGACCCAUGGGCCCGUAACGAAGCAUGGAGGUACGCUGGUGGCUUUGCUCGUGCUGUGACUCUCUCCGAUGUCCUGCUGAGGGGAUUCAAGUGGGGCUUUGCUGCCUUUACUGUUGCACUGGCUGUUGAGUAUGCCUUCUUCCCACCAAAGAAGGGUUCCCACUAA